GGUGUUUAGGAGGUGGAAGCAGGAGAAUGGAGAGUCCAAGAUCACUCUCAGUUACCUAGAAAGGUAGGUUCCUUUGGUUGUUUGUUUCUUUAGUAAAUCUGCUGAGAUAAACUUUGUUUCUUUCUUCUGAGAUUCCCUUGAUUCCCUUUUGUUGUUGAGGGAUACUCUCACUGGGUAUACAACCCCAAGUUCUUUCAGCCUUGGAAAGUGUGCUGCCCGUUCUGGUCAGCACAGAUGAGAAUUUUGCAUGUGAAUUUCAUUUGUUGUCUUUAGAAACAAGGGUUCACCAUUGUAGCUCUGUCUCAUCUCAGCCUCAGUCCUCCUCCGUCGGGCUCCCCAGGGCUGGGAUUACAUCUGUAGGCCAGCAUUCUAUCACCAGUCUUAUUUCUUUCCCUCCUUCACACAAGUAAUACACUACUUAUUUCUAGCAACUUCAUGAUGUAUUGGUUUGUCUAUUGAGAAAUUGAUUCUAGAACUAAUAUAUAUGAACAUUUUAGGAUAAAAUGUUAAACACUUAAGUACAAGGCACAGUGAUGGAUGGUUUGGCUAGCCUGCUCAAGUUCCAUGAUUUGCCCAGACUACCUUUUUUGUGUUUCUAUACCUAGAGAACUCACUGUUAGUUGAGAUUUUAAAUUUUCUGUACACUAGCAUUCCUAGGGACUUGUCUUACUCCUGAGUCCUGAGUGUCUGGUAGUUUCCCUAUUUCCUCUUCCAUGCUCUCCUCACAUUAUGUCUUCUAGAGCUCUAAGUUUGUAGUGAGGAGGAAGAAUGGGAAAGUAUAUAUAUAUUCCAUCCUCCCAGGUAAGAAGUAAUUAAAAAGUGAAACUUUCAGUUGUUGGUGUUACAUAGGUGUGCAUUGAUUUUAUUUUUUCCAUGUUCUGGAUUAAAACCCAACAUCUUAUGCAUUUUAUGCCAGCCUCUAUUUAAGGCUCCUCCCCAAUCCAGAUAUUGAGAUUUUUAUGUUGAGAUUUUGUCCUACAACUUGAUAACACUUAAUAGUUCUAGUAACAUUUCUGUGAAUUCUAGAAGAUUUUUAUAGAUAAAUCAUCAAGACUACAGAUAAAUAACAUUUUGCAUCUUUCAUUAUGAGCAAGUUUUGUUUCAGUCCUUCACUUUCUAGCACUGCUUAGAGCCUUCUGUUUGAUACCAUAUAGGUGGCAAUAGCCCGCUUCCUGUCUUAGUGGAAAAGACCAGAGUUCAUGAUAAGUAUAAUGUUAAGGCUUUCUAAUAAUGUAAUUUAAUCAGGUUGAAAACUCUCAUUCUUUUAUCAUUUGCUAAUAAACUUUAAGGAAAAUGGAUAUUGGAUUUCACAUUGCUUUUUCAGAAUUACUAAGAUGGUCCUAUGGCAUUUCUGUUUAUUAAUUUCCCCCCUUUUGGCAAGUUUAUACAUGUUUGUAAAGUGUUUUGAUAUCACUUCCCUAUACCUUGUUCCCACCUUACUCCUCCUUAUUCCCUUUGUCUUCCCAACUAGCCUAUCCCUCUCCCUCUCUUCCUCUCUCCCUCUCUCCCUCCUUUCUUGGCUUUUUAAAAAUGCCUUUGUUUGUUUGUUUGUUUGUUUGUUUGUUGCCUUUUGAGUGAAGUUAGGGUUGCUUACAUUAGCAUGGGUGAAGGGUUACUUACUAGAGCGUGGGUAAUAUGCUAGUGGCCACACCACUGAAGAAAGUGUCAUUCCCUGCUUCAGCAAUGACCAUUUAUUCCAUUGACUGCAGUUGCUCCUUGGGGAGAGUGUGGUCUCUCGAGUCCCUUCCACCUAGCAGUCUUUAAGUUCCUUUAAGUUUAAGGAAGUGUGAGGCCUCCUGAACUGUGUGCCCUGUCAGGGUGGAAUAUUGACACCCCCAGUCUUGUGUAGGUCUUGUACAGACUUUGAAUUUGACUAGAACAGCCAUGUCCUCUCCACAGACAGAGCUUCCCAGCAUACUCCUCUCUACCUCCAUUCUAUCUCCUCUCUCUUCCAGAUACGAUCAGUUAAGAUUUUAGAGGGGUUGUGCAGAUGUGUCAUUUAGGACUGAGCACCCACCAGUCUCUUAUUCUCUACCCAUGCCCCCUCUGCAGUAACUGUAGACCACCACAGAAUGCAGCUAGCUUCCUUACCCAACACUGAGACCAGCAGUGAUCUGUGGACACUCCAUGUUCAUUUAUCAAAUAGCCUCCUUCUUAGGGCCUGUGACCUCCUCAAUAAUUAGCUUGUGGCCUGGUUUUCAGUAUCACGCAUGAAUUCUCCCCCUAUGGAGUGGGCUUCGAAUGUAAUCGUGCCGUUAUUGGACCAACAGGACACCUUGCAUAGCAGGUUGUCCACUGCUGAGUAAGACUGUUGAUGUUUUUUCCUCUAACUGUCUGCAUAGUGCCUCUGGUAUUGUCAAACUUGCUAGCCAGGAGGAGGCAUCCUGCCUGAUGUCUCUAGGUGCCUCAACCAAGGCAUGCAGCAUUUUCCCCAGUCUGUUUUGGUGGUAACCAAGAGCUGUGGCAGUGGUGUUAUUUGGUGGUAACCAAGAGCUGUGGCAGUGGUGUUAUUUGGUGGUUACUAGAGGUUAAAUAUGCUUGGGAUCAUAAAUUGGAAAUACAGGGCAAGAGAAAUGACUCAGUUGUUAAGAACCUGGAUUUGACCCUUAGAACAUCCAUGGAGGGAGGGGGGCAGUCUUGGUAACCUGCAUGUCAGUUCCCAGUGUUGGUGAGGUAGAGACCUGUGGAUCCCUGAGAUUGCUUGCCUACCAGCCUUGUAUACUUGGUGAGUCCCAUGUAUGUCAGUUGAGAUUUCUGAGGUUGUCCUCUGACUUCCACAUGCACACACAGAUAUGUGCACAUGGAUCUGCACACAGUGUGCAUAUACAUACAAAGUACCAACAACAAGAACCUAGAGCUCCUAAUGACCAAAACUGAACUGGGGGCUAGACAGCUAGCUCAGGAGAAAACAUUUGCUUAGCUUAUGAAGGAUUCUCAGACCCAGGAAUAAAUAAGAUAUAUAAAGAGAAAGAAAGAAAAAUUGACCCACAUGCUUGCUUACUCUUACCUGGAAUAGGCCCCAUUCCUACUGAGUCAAGUGCCUCAGGGUAAGCCCGUAAAGUCUUGUGCAUUUAUACUUUACCCAAGUGAUACUGAUAAUCAACAUAUUUUCAAACAGAAAUUUAAAGGUAGCAGCAUAUUUAUUUUAAAUAGGAUGAAAUUAUAAGCAGCAAGACAAAAGUAAUUGAAUAUUAUAGACCUAUGCCAAAAUGACUCAGAUAUCAUUUGUACCUGUGACUCAAUUCACAAAGUUUGUAGCGUACAAUUUUUAAACUAAUUAAUUUACUUAAAAUUUGGUCUCAUGAAUUUGGCUUUAAGGAACCCUAUUUUCAGAGUAGUUGGACAGGCAAGAUGAUCUAGCAGGUAAAUGUGCCACCAGGUAAUCCAAAUCAAUGUCCCCAAGAGCAGCACAGUGAAAGGAAAGAAGCAAUUCCAUAAAGCUGUUCUCCACAUACGCACACACUGUGCAUGACCGUGCACGCCCCUCUAGACAUGCAUGAAUGGAUAAGUGCAGUUCAAAAACUUUUUAGUAGCUUUGGAAACCUGUUGAAUAAGCCUGGCAUGCAAAUUUCAUUGCAGGAAAUUUUUAAUGUUUUUAAAUCAUCAUGUCAUAAUUUUAAAAUAACCAUUUUAGUGGCAAGUAUUAUAAACCCCAUGAGAAAGGUACUUGGCUUGCCUACCGUUAUAUUGCCGAGUGUCACAUUCAGGAGUGCUCAGUGAGUAACUUUUUGUUAAGUGAAAAACUGGGAGCUGGAGGAGAUGUGGCUCAGUUGGUAGAUUGAGCUACUCAGUUUGUAGCAUGCAUGAAGCCCUGGGCUCAUCCUGGGCUUUGCAUAAAGCAGGUGUGAUAGCACAGGCCUGUAACCCCAGCACUUAGGAGGUAGAGGCAGGAGGGUCAGGAGUUUAACUAUAUAGUGAAUUUGAAGUGUGCCUAGAAUACAAGAGACACUAGUUUCAAAGAAAAGGCAUGAUGGGAUGUGGGUGGUCCUGAAAGAUGGUUCAGUGCGUAAGAGCAUUGGCCGCUCAUCCUCUCACCUACGUAGCUACUUACAGCCAUCUGCAAUUGCAGUUCCAGCAGCUCUCUUCCCUUCUUCUGGCCUCUGCAGCCCCACAUGCACAAAUCAUGCACAGGCAUACAUGUAUGCAAAACACCCAUUCACAUACAGUAAAAGAACUUUUUAAAAAGAUAAAAACACCCUCACAACAUUACAUUGCUAUUUGUGGCAGCUGUGUUAAAAUUAGAACAGCUGAGGAGUUCUGUCCAGUUUUACUGUAAGUUUUUAAACAUUUUAUGUGUGAAUAUUUUGACACAUGUACAGCUGUACCAGGUGUCCAUCUGCUGUCCAUGGUAGUUAGAAGCAGCUGCUGGAAACCCUAGAACCAGAGGUACAGACAGCUUGUGAGCUGCUAUGUGGAUGCUGGGAAUCGAACCGGUGUCCUUUGGAAGAACAAUGCUCCUAACUGUUGACCCAUCUCUCUAGCCCAGAGGGUUUGUUUGUUUGUUUGUUUUGUUCUGUUGUUGGAUUUUGGUUUGGUUUGGUUUGGGUUUUUUUUGUUUUUGGGGUUUUUUUUGGUUUUUUUUUUAUUUUUUUUGGUUCUUUCUUUUGUCUUAAGAAUUUUUAAACUUUGUUCUUUGGCUGCAUUUAGCUUCUAUCCUUAAAACGCAUUCUAGAGGCCUUUUAUCAGAUGCUGUCUGGGAGUAUAAGACUUUAAAUAAAUUGAGAAUGAUUUUCGAUAAUGUGCAUUCCUUGUGUUUAAAAUUUGCACUAUGUAUUUUAAAUGAUUAAUGAAUCUUAAUCCAUUCUUCGUUUGCUUGAUUAUUUAACAGAUGUCAAAACAUACUCUGGGCUGUAGUUCAGUGGUAAAGCACACCUUCUUAGCAUGUAUGAGGCCCCGGUUCAAUCUCCAGUGCCUCCUGAACCACCUUCCCCUCAUUGAAAAAAGAAAGAAAGAAAGAAAGAAAGAAAGAAAGAAAGAAAGAAAGAAAGAAAGAAAGAAAGAGAAAGAAAGACAGACAGACUGACUGACUUACGGUAUAAAGUUAGUGUCACACAGCCUUUUAAAGCUUAGGCGCACAACUGGAAUUAAGGUCUCUGGUCUGGUAUAGUGGUCAGCUGCCCAGAGCACUGUUUUUAAAGCUGCUGAGUCCCAUCUGGGGUCCUUGAUGCCCUAAGAUCACAGGGUGCGCUUCAUGCUCUGCCUAGAAUCAGCACCAGGCCGGCACACUGCACCUCGCCCUGCUGAUCUCAAGUCUGCACUAGUCUGUGUGACAAAGGAAGAAGCUGGAAGUGACGCUGUCAUAGCCAAAGCACUGGGUGCUGGAACCGCGUGCGCAGGGGAUGCCUUCUUCAGACAAUGCUGUUUUUACUGGAAAAAAAUGAUUAACUAACUGAUUAUUCACAAUUAGUUAUUGAAUAUUUAAUUUAUUGAAAACCAACUAAUUGGUUGCCAGUGAUAAAAUUUUUGCUUUUGAACAAAAAUGAGAAAACCUCUGGUCUACCACUUCGAACUUGAGAUUCCCUGGUACUUUUGAAGACUUUUCUGAAGAGUUAGUGCUGAUAUUAAGCCAAGCCCGAUACCAAGUCCUGUUCUGGGGCAAAAGCCAAAUGCUAGUCAGUCGCUGCUUGCCUGGUGCAAAGAAGUGACAAAAAACUACCGGGGUGUGAAAAUCACCAACUUUACCACAUCGUGGAGGAAUGGCUUAUCUUUUUGUGCAAUCUUACACCACUUCAGACCAGACUUAAUCGACUACAAGUCUCUGAAUCCUCAAGACAUCAAAGAAAACAACAAAAAGGCUUACGAUGGAUUUGCCAGCAUUGGAAUUUCCCGCUUACUGGAACCUUCUGACAUGGUGUUAUUAGCAAUCCCGGACAAACUGACGGUUAUGACUUACCUCUAUCAAAUAAGGGCACAUUUUAGCGGUCAAGAACUGAACGUGGUUCAGAUAGAAGAAAACAGCAGUAAGAGCACCUAUAAAGUUGGCAAUUAUGAAACAGACACGAACAGUUCUGUGGAUCAAGAGAAAUUCUAUGCGGAGCUCAGCGAUCUGAAGCCUGCAUCGCAGCAGCCUGCCAGUGGGGCCGUGGACCUCCUGUCGCAGGAUGACUCUGUGUUUGUUACUGACAGUGGGGUGGGAGAGUCAGAAAGUGAGCGCCAGACCCCAGAUGACCACCUUAGUCCAAGCACGGCCUCCCCUUACUGCCGCAGGACUAAAAGUGACACGGAGCCGCAAAAGUCCCAGCAGAGCUCCGGGAGGACGUCAGGGUCCGAUGACCCUGGGUUAAGUUCUAGUACUGAUUCAGCUCAAGCACUGAUUUUGUUAGGCAAGAAGAGACUACCAAAAGCUGAGGACUUAGAAUUAAGGGACUUAUAUGUCAGUGGCAAAAAGAAGGAUGUGUCUCUACCCUCAACCUAUGAGCAAAAGCUUCAGCCUGUAAAUCCCAGGAGUGAUGUGGAACAAGAGAAAAUAGAGAAUUCCAGAUCUUUGGAAUGCAGAUUGGACGGUGAACUGGCUAUCCAAAAGCCAAGGUUAUCCCCCCCUUCCAAACUGGGAUAUUCAUAUAACAGAGACACAGACUUCACAAACAAACCGUGUGCUUCUCUGAGGCAGAUAGAGUCUGACCCAGAUGCAGACAAGAGCACUUUAAAUCACGCAGACCACGCCAGUAAACCAGUCCAGCACCGAAUGUUGUCCAGACAAGAGGAGCUGAAAGAAAGAGCGAGAGUUCUGCUUGAGCAAGCAAGAAGAGAUGCUGCUUUCAAGGCGGGGAGCAAGCACGGCGGCAGCACAGCCCCUGCGCUCUGCAGCAGGCAGCUAAAUGAUCGCCAAGAUGAAGAGAGGCGUCGGCAGCUGAGAGAGAGGGCUCGUCAGCUAAUAGCAGAAGCUCGAUGUGGAGUGAAGAUGUCAGAACUUCCCAGCUAUGGUGAAAUGGCCGCAGAGAAGUUGAAAGAAAGGUCAAAGGCAUCUGGAGAUGAAAAUGAUAAUAUUGAGAUAGAUACUAACGAGGAGAGUCCUGAAGGCUUUGUGGUAGGAGGUGGAGAUGAACUUACUAAUAUAGAAAGUGACCUUGACACUCCCGAGCAAAAUAGUAAGUUGGUGGACUUGAGGCUGAAGAAGCUCUUAGAUGCCCAGCCACAGGUGGCAAACUCGCUCUCCAGUGCCGCACAGAAAGCUGCAACGGAUACCUCAGAGCAAGGAGAAAAGAAUGGCAUGGAAGAUCUCCGGACCGAACGAUUACAGAAAGCAACAGAACGUUUCAGAAACCCUGUUGUGUUCAACAAGGAUUCCACAGUCAGAAAGACUCAGCUCCAGUCUUUCAGUCAGUAUGUUGAGAACAGACCAGAGAUGAAAAGACAGAGAUCAAUACAGGAAGAUACAGAGAGAGGCGAUGAGGAGAAGGCAAUGAUAACCGAAGCUCAGAGGAAGCCAUCAGAAGAUGAAGUACUCAAUAAAGGGUUCAAAGACACCAGUCAGUAUGUUGUGGGGGAAUUGGCAGCACUGGAGAAUGAGCAGAAGCAAAUUGACACUCGUGCCGCGCUGGUGGAGAAACGCCUCCGCUAUCUCAUGGACACAGGAAGGAACACGGAAGAAGAGGAAGCUAUGAUGCAGGAAUGGUUCAUGCUCGUCAAUAAGAAAAAUGCCUUAAUAAGGAGGAUGAACCAGCUCUCCCUCCUGGAAAAAGAACAUGACUUAGAAAGAAGGUACGAGCUGCUGAACCGGGAGCUGCGGGCCAUGUUGGCCAUAGAAGACUGGCAGAAGACCGAGGCCCAGAAGCGACGGGAACAGCUCCUGCUGGAUGAACUAGUGGCCCUGGUGGACAAGCGAGACGCCCUUGUCAGGGACCUGGACGCCCAGGAGAAGCAGGCUGAAGAAGAAGACGAGCAUUUGGAGCGAACUCUGGAGCAAAACAAAGGCAAGAUGGCCAAGAAGGAGGAGAAGUGCACUCUUCAGUAGCCUUGGGCCAGACUUCUCCCUGCACUUCAGUCUUAGGUCCCCAGGCCAGAAACUGACUGGUUGAUUUAAAACUUUUUAACAUUUUGUUUGACUGGAUUGUACUUCUGGACACCCCCCCCCCAUUUCCUACUCCAGAUAAUACACAGAGCUCCAAAUAGCUUUAAAGACUCUUUGUGAGUUAAUCAUGAAAUCAUUUUUGAAACCCUGUGAAGUAGAUUUGCACAGACACCCUGUGAAUGAUUGGUAAUGAAGAUGCUGUCCAAAACGGGGAGAGAAAGGCCCCUUGGUCAGCUCCCCUUCUGUUUUGGAUGGGAUGAAAAUUUGAACCAUGUUUGUUGUAGUAUUGUUGGUAAUAGCGAAAUGACAGUGGGUGGGGGGCAAAGGGGAGUAAGAAAAUGUCACGAAUGUUUUUUCCAAUCCUGCCGUAUGUAACACUGUUACUUAAAUCUCAUAGUUAGAUCCUACUCUGUGUAUUGACAAAGCUGUGUUCCAUUUGCCAGUGGGGUUUUUCUGCAGUUGUUUGCAUUAACCAUAAAGAUAAUAAAGUUCCUCUCUGCUCUCCUCAGAGGAUGUCCCUUUAAGGUAGCCCCAGACAAACCUCCGGGUUUGAAAGAUGAACUGGGAGAGUGGCUCUAAUUGAUGUGCAGCAGUUUACAAGACAGUUCAUCAUCAGAUGAUGCGCCAUCUUUUACCCUGAAUGAUUAUUUAUUACAUCUUGCUUGGUUCCUACUUUUUGUUGGGGCUCAACAUUGGCUCAAGAAUGCUGUUAAUAUUUAUUCUGUAUUGAUAAAAGUCUGUCUUGGUACUACAAGUAAAUAUCCCAUUCAUCUUCUCUAGCAUAGCAUUGUGUGUUUUGUGAAAUGGUUAUGUUUAUUUAUUACAAUACUGAGUCAUAUAAAUUUUCAAUAAAAGCAGAAACUUUCUUACCUUAAA